AUGCCAAUAGUGGCAUCCUGGAAGUUCCCUAGUUUCCUUCUUAUUUUGUUAAAUUUAUUAUCUUGCUCUUUCUCUUGUAUUUUCAUCAUAACCAACAAUUGCCCCUAUACUAUAUGGCCUGGCACACUUUCAGGUGCAGGCACACCUGCACUUCCAACCACCGGAUUCCAACUAGACUCAGGCCAAAGUGCCAAAGUUACAAGUGUUCCAGAAUGGUCAGGUAGAAUAUGGGCAAGGACUGGUUGCACAUUUGAUACAACAGGAAUUGGUAAUUGCCAAACAGGUGAUUGUGGUGGAAGGUUAGAAUGUGAUGGAAAUGGUGCAACUCCACCUACCUCACUGUUUGAGAUAACACUUGGUAAAGACUACCAACAAGACUACUAUGAUGUCAGCAUGGUAGAUGGCUACAAUCUACCAUUGCUUGUUCUACCAAGAGGUGUAUAUGGUAGUGGUGCCUGUAAUGCCACAGGUUGUGUGACUGAUAUCAACAUAGGUUGCCCAAAAGAACUGCAAGUAGUUGGUGAAGAUGCAUACCAAGGGGAUGUAGUUGGGUGUAAGAGUGCUUGCGAGGCAUUUGGAUCGGAUCAGUAUUGCUGCAGUGGAGAAUUUGCAAACCCAACAACAUGCAAGCCCUCCUAUUAUUCCACCAUUUUCAAGCGGGCUUGUCCAAGAGCUUAUAGUUAUGCAUUUGAUGAUGGCACCAGCACUUUCACUUGCAAAGCUUAUGAAUAUGACCUUGUUUUCUGUCCCAACAGCAAUAGGAUUGGAACACCAAAUGGUGCAUUUCCUCCUCCACCACCAGCAUCAACUGGACUGCCCUAUGAGAGGGUUCAGCAAGUCAAUUCUUCUUCAGAUAUUCUCUUGCCCUUUCGAGUGACAAUCUUUCUCUUGGUUGCCACUAUCUCUGUAUUUGUAGUAAGGGCCUGGUCACUUAUAUGAAACAAUGCCAGAAG